ACAUUCAUGUACCUCGUCUCUCUCUCUCUCCUUAUCCAUCCCUCGCUGCCUAUCCAAAAGUCGUGCUAAACCUUUACUUGCUAGCUACUUAGCUUAGCUUUUUUCUUUCUAAUCUUUAUCUUUUUCCAUUGCUUGGAUUAGGGUGUGCCAGUGCGCGAUUCAAUUGGUCUGUGAUGAAAAAGAACUAAAGUUCAGUCUUGUGGUGAUGUGAUUGUUCUUUCCUCAGUAGGCAAAACGUCACCGUUUUCCGGAUGGCCUCCUUGCCUCCUCCAGUUGUGGUGGGCAACAGCACCAUCAAGCUCGACCCAGAAUUCAAGAAAGUCUCCACCUUUUCUCCUCCCUUCGAAAAGAAAAAUUAUGGCGAGAAACAUUCUUGUUCAUUGGGUUCGGAAUUCAGCAAUGCGCUUACCUCCAUACUUGAAGCCGGUGCCCGAAAACCCAAAUCCUCCUGUUACGUUCCCCUCUUGCAAGAAUGUUUAGAGCCAAAUUCAGCUUCAAGGGUAGAGCCAUUACACGCCCACAUGAUGAAAACCGGGUUUUCGGAGGACUUGUUCCCCAUGACCCUGCUCAUCAAUGUGUACGCCAAGCGUGGGUCAAUGGUGGCUGCCCGAAAGGUGUUCGACACUUUGCCUAACAGAAACGUGGUCACAUGGACCACGUUGAUGACGGGCUAUGUCCACAAUUCCCAGCCCAAGUCCGCCAUUCCCGUUUUUAUGGAGAUGUUGGAGGUCGGGUUCUUCCCGACGAAUUACACUUUAGGGACUAUUUUAAACGCCUGCUUGUCCUUGUGUGAUAUCGGGCUUGGAAAGCAGAUUCAUGCUUAUGCAAUAAAGCUCGGCCUCGAGCACGACGAGAGCAUCUUGAACGUGCUUUACAGUUUGUACACAAAGUGCCGCAGUUUGGAUAUGGCGCUUAGUGUGUUCACUAGAACCAAAGAAAAGAACGUGAUUUCGUGCACUGCUCUCAUAACUGCCUGUGGGGAAAACGGGAAUUCCGCCAUGGGUUUGGACACAUUUGUCCAGAUGCUAGAAAUGGGAGUUUUACCUAACGAGAUCACUUUAACGAGCGUCCUGAGUUUGUGCUGCACGGCGCAGGCCCUCGAUUUGGGAACUCAGGUUCACGGGUUGACCACGAAGCUCGGGUACGGGUCGGAUAUACCCGUGAUGACAGCUGUCAUGUAUCUGUACUUGAAAAGCGGGUUUGUGAGCUGGGCACGGAAGAUAUUCGAUGGAAUGAGUGGUUUUGGUUUGGUGACGUGGAAUGCUAUGAUUGCGGGGUAUGGUGACAUGAGCAUACUCGUGGAGGAUCGUGUUUCGGCCUACUUAUGUGGGGUGGAGGCCCUCAAGAUUUUCCAGCGGAUGAGCAGAUCGGGGCUGAAGCCCGAUUUCUAUACUUACUCGAGCAUGUUAACGGUUUGCAGUAGUUUGGUGGCCCUUGAGCAAGGGGAGCAGGUUCACGCACAAAUAAUCAAGACCGGAAUUUCAUCCGAAAUGGUGGUGGGGACUGCCUUAGUCAACAUGUACAAUAAAUGCGGGAGUAUUUUACGAGCGUGCCGAGCUUUUACGGAGAUGCGCGGACGUAGUUUAAUCUCGUGGACUACAAUGAUAACUGCGCUCGCACAGCAUGGAUACUCACUGCAGGCAUUGGACCUUUUUGACGACAUGAGGUUCGUUGGGGUCCGGCCUAACAGGGUCACCUUCGUGGGCGUGCUCUCUGCGUGUAGCCAAUCGGGACUAGUUGACCGGGCUUUGACUUAUUACGAAAUGAUGCAGAACACGUACAAAAUCAGGCCCGUGGUGGGCCACCUGGGGAGCAUGGUGGACUUGUUUGUUCGGUUGGGUCGAAUUGACGAGGCUUUCGACUUCAUCAAGAAAUCGAAUACGGCCCCGAACGAGUUUGUGUGGUCGGUUUUGAUUGCCGGGUGCAGAGUUCAGGGGAAAAUGGAUUCGGCGUUUUACGCAGCUCAACAGCUGCUCCAGUUGAAACCGAAAGAUCCAGAGAUGUACUUUCAGCUGUUGAACAUGUACCUUUCGGCGGGUAGGUGGGAGGAUGUUGCACGGGUUCGUAAAAUGAUGAAAGACGAGAAGGUGGAUAAAGUUGCGGAUUGGAGCUGGACGAGCAUUAGGGAUAAGGUUUACGCGUUCAAAUCUGGAGAUAAGAAGCGGCAUGAAGGGGAUGGGGUGGGAGAAUUUUUGGAGGAUUUGGUUGUUCGGGCCCGGGAGAUUGGGUAUGAGGCCGAGUUGGGCUCGGAGGUGGUGGGCCACAGUGAGAGGAUGGCGGUUGCAUUUGGGCUGCUCAACACGUCGGGCAAUGCUCAAGUUCGGGUUGUGAAGAAAAUCGGAAUGUGUAGGGAUUGCCAUAGUUUUAUGAAGACGGUAUCGGUUUUGAUGUCCAGAACUAUUGUUGUUCGCGAUAGUAAGAGGCUACACCAGUUUUCCCAAGGGCAGUGUUCGUGUAAGGAUUUUGGUGGUUUUGUUUAGUUAAAGAACAAUUUUUUUUUUUUUAUUCAUUUCAGGUUAAGUGUUGAUUGUUGAAUUUUACUUUCUGUGAUUUCAUAACUCAGUUUUCAGGUUGCAAUGGAUUUUGUAUUGGUAAAUAAGAGAGAAAUAUGAAACCAGCCAUUAUCGUCAAAUAACAAUAUUGACAUAUUUCUACAUACUUUGGUCAUACUAAACAAAUCAAU